GAGUACAGUCAAGAUGAGGUCUUCUUAUCUGUUAAUGUAGGGGAAACAGUGAUCCAGGCUCCCAGAUAACAAAAACAUUGGUAAGCAUUGAACUUUGAACAGUGUUACUGUGAUUAUGGUGCAGAUAAACAUGACAGAUAUGACAGGUUAAUAACCACAGUCUUCCAAGAUCGUUUGACAUCAGACAUCAGGUUUUUACACCAGACUACUAAUGUAUCAACUGCAAUCCUGCUGUCAUAACUUUAAAGGCAAAAGUGCAUUGUUUAACAUCUUGUAUAUUUCCUUUCUUGUAUCUUUUCCUCAGUCUACAGAAAAGUUAAAAUCUACAAAACAAUGACAAUCGGAAAGAGCUCUAAAAAGAACAAGGCUCCCAAAUCCCCUCCAUUUUUGGACUGUGCCAGUGGAUUCUACGAACGCUUAGAUGAAUUUGACAUGAAGUUGAGGACAGGAGUGGAGAUCACAGAGAAACUACCAACAUCUAAGCCUGGAGUCGGAAAAAGCAGAACAGAGGGCAGCACAGGCUCAAGCUUGCCAGAUAAACAGGAUCAUGGUGUUCUUGACUUUGAAGAGGGUAUGAUGGAAGACGAUGGAAUGACCCUGCUGAAAAGAAAGCCAAGCCGACUAAGCCAGCGCUGGAGCAGAAAAGGCUCCAAAAGGUCUAAGUCUGACAAACCCUCUGUGGAUUUGGGGAGCAAGAGUUUGAGUACUAAGAAUGACAUGGCUCCUUCAAAGAACUUGGAAGUACAAGUAGAAACUCAGUCUGAAAUGCAAUCUAGUAAGAGAGCUUCAGAUUUGAUGGUGGUCCACUUUUCUGUGACGGAGUACGCUGAUGAUAAGAUUCUCAUUACAGAACGAAAGGAGGAACACUGGGAGAUGGAAGGAAAAACAAACCCAGAAAACAUGAAGGUCAUGAAAAGGAGCUCAUUUAGGCAUUAUGGCAAGGUGCUGGAUAAAGCCCUUCGUCGAGGAUGGGAGACGUUUGUUGCCAACCUGAACAGUGUGACUCUCGCUCCUGUCUCUACCUCCUCAUCUUCACCAAGCAAGUCUGAAAUGGACAGGAAGUCUGCUCUGGCAGAUUUUAGAUAAUAUUUAAUAAUUUAAUAAUAAUGCUUUUAAUGUAAUAUUCAUUUCAUUUAUUAAUGUAAUGCAAAUACGUUAAUCUAAGUUAUAAUAAUUAUUCCAUUUUAAUUUAAUUCUUAUGACAACAUAGGCAAACUGUAUUUUUAUUUGGCAGAAUUGUAUUUGUUUAGCUAUAUAAAAUUCAGCAGUAACUUUGAUCUAGAAUGGUGUGCGGUAAACAACCAGAGAGCAAGGUUAACAUGUGCACUUGAUGAACUAAUAUGAUGAUGAACUAAUAUGUUGUUGCCACAUGGGUAAACAAUAGGCUAUUGGCCUAUGGAACAAGAAUCCUCUGACAACACCGAAUGCUGUGUUUUCUGACUUGCUCUAAAUGUUACGUAACUAAAGAGCUGGGAACAGUGUUACAAGGCAUUAACUUGAAGCAGUAAUUGCCUUUGCUAUAAACAUGUGUUUAAAUGCACGAUACUGGGAGCUCUUAUGUUAUCUUUUCAGAAAUCUUUGUCUUAAAUGUGUAUUUUAUUGGCCUUGAUGUCUAAGACUGAGCCAGUUGACUGAGUUAUGUGUAUUUAUUAUUGGUAAUUUAUGAUGUAAUAAUGAGUAUGUCAUUAAAUCAUGGUCCAAAACAUUACAAAUAGUCAUUUUUGCAACUGCAUUGGUUGUUUUAAAACAAGUAAAUCCAAAUGCAAGAUAAAUAAAAAUGUAAUGCACAAAA